AUGCUAGCAGUUUUCCUUGUUAGCUUUACAGUCAACAAAAAACAUCUCUGCUCCAACCACCCUUCUGUUACUUCAACAAAUUCUCCUCGUUCAUCUUUUGUGACUGCACAUUCAUCAUUGGCAGAGAUGGUAUUUGAUGGGCACCUAAGCUUUGAAAAUAUCGAACACACAACUAAGGACUUUGGCGGUAGAUACCAUUUCACGCCAUCAGCAGUUUUAUAUCCAAAAUCAGUUUCUGAUAUUUCCUCUAUCGUAAAACAUAUUUUUCAAAUGGGUGAAACCACGGAACUUACUGUUGCCGCUAGAGGUCAUGGCCACUCCUUUGAGGGCCAAGCACAAGCGCAUGGAGGUGUUGUUAUCAAUAUGGAAUCACUUCGGGUGCCAGAAAUGAGAUUUCACACUGGAAAACUGCCCUAUGUUGAUGUUUCUGCUGGUGAACUAUGGAUAAAUAUUCUGCAUGAAAGCCUUAAACAUGGCUUAGCACCAAAAUCAUGGACUGAUUAUCUUCAUCUUACAGUUGGAGGCACCUUAUCUGUUGCCGGAAUCAGUGGGCAAGCAUUCCGGCAUGGACCUCAGAUAGAUAACGUCUACCAACUACAGGUUGUCACAGGCACAGGAGAAGUGGUAACUUGUUCAGAAGAGCAGAACUCCGACCUCUUCCAUGCUGUGCUUGGAGGGUUAGGACAAUUUGGUAUCAUCACCAAGGCUAGAAUUGCUCUAGAACCAGCACCCAAAAAGGUUAAAUGGAUCCGAGCACUUUACUCAGAUUUCACCGUAUUUUCUAAAGACCAAGAGCAUUUAAUAUCAUCUGAAAAUUCUUUCAACUACAUAGAAGGGUUUGUCAUUAUAAAUAGGACUGGUUUAUUAAACAAUUGGAGAUCUUCUUUCAGUUCCAAAGACCCAGUACAAGCCAACCAGUUCACUUCAGAAGGUAGGGUCCUGUUUUGCCUUGAAGCCGCAAAAUAUUUUAACCCAGAAGACUCUGAUAACAUUGAUAAGGACAUUGAUACACUAUUAGCAGAUUUAAAUUACAUUCAAUCCACUCUCUUCUUAUCAGAAGUUUCUUACAUUGAUUUCCUCGAUAGAGUACACGUCUCUGAAUUAAAACUUCGGGAAAAGGGGCUGUGGGAAGUGCCACACCCCUGGCUAAAUCUUCUUAUUCCAAGAAGUAGCAUUCAUCAGUUUGCCCAAGAAGUUUUUGGAAACAUUCUUACAGAUACCAGCAAUGGUCCUGUAUUGAUUUAUCCAGUUAACAAAUCAAGGUGGAAAAAUGGAACGUCUGUUGUAACGCCUGAGGAGGAUGUCUUUUACCUAGUUGCAUUUUUGUCUUCAGCAUUACCAUCUUCCACAGGAAAAGAUGGCUUGGAAUACAUCUUAACCCAACACAAAAGAAUUCUUAACUUUUGUGGAAGAUCCAAUCUUGGGAUCAAACAAUAUUUGCCUCAUUAUAGCACUCGGGAAGAGUGGAAAGCUCACUUUGGUUCUUUCUGGGAAGUUUUCUCUCAAAGGAAAUCCAUCUACGACCCUCUGGCAAUCCUAGCUCCAGGACAAAGAAUCUUCCAUAAGCGAAGGCAUUUGGACAAUGACCUAAAGUUACUUCGCUCAGUGAAUAGAGCUCUAGAGGCACGUAGAUAA